AUGACAUUUAAACGAACCAUUACAUCAGGGAAAUGGUUCUUCUCUAGUUCACGUUUCGGACUGAAGGAGACAGUUCUAGUCGUUGGUCUUUUUAAACUUAACACUGAUGGCUCUUUUGAUGCAAAUUUGAGUAUGGGUUUGGCAGGCGGGCUCAUAUGUGAAAGUUCAGGUAAUUGGGUCUUGGGUUUCCAAAGGAAAGAUGUUGUAGCUUCCUCUAGCACUGCAAUUGAAUGUUGGGCUCUCAAGGACGGUUUGCAACUUGCAUUGGAGCGAAAUUUGAUUGGAAUUCUUGUGGAAACCGAUUCUUUGACGUUGGUGCAUGUUCUCAAUCAGAUAGUGUUGAAAACCAUGAGUUAUGUAAUAUUAUGUCUGACUGCAUGGUGUUGCUGGACCAGCUUAAAGUAG